AAUAGUAUCUCCCAGUGACCUUUGACGUUUCAGCGGCAAACAUGUCUGAGUCGAUGGAAGAAGUGUGGACAAUUGUUGCUAAAAAUGUCAUAAUAUUAUAAUGUUAGACUCUUCGUGUUAUUGAAUUUUUUGAUCAAUUGAAGUUAAAACCUAUAUGGCACUUGAUGUAUAACAGCUGAGGAAAAUGACGUCUAUUAUCAAACUGACUGCUGUGUCAGGGGUGCAGGAGGAGUCUGCCCUCUGCUACCUGCUGCAGGUGGAUGAGUUCCGCUUCCUCCUGGACUGUGGCUGGGAUGAGAGCUUCUCCAUGGACAUCAUUGAUUCCAUGAAAAGGUAUGUCCACCAGGUUGACGCGGUGCUCCUCUCCCAUCCCGACCCCCUGCACCUGGGGGCCCUGCCCUAUGCUGUGGGCAAGCUGGGCCUAAACUGCCCCAUAUAUGCCACCAUCCCCGUCUACAAGAUGGGUCAGAUGUUCAUGUAUGACCUGUAUCAGUCGCGUAACAACACUGAGGACUUCAACCUGUUCACCCUGGAUGAUGUGGACUGCGCUUUCGACAAAAUCCAGCAGUUGAAGUACUCCCAGAUUGUCAAUCUGAAAGGGAAAGGACAUGGUCUGUCCAUCACUCCACUUCCUGCUGGUCACAUGAUCGGAGGGACCAUCUGGAAGAUUGUGAAGGAUGGGGAGGAGGAGAUUGUUUACGCUGUGGACUUCAACCACAAAAGAGAGAUCCACCUGAAUGGGUGUACGUUGGAGUCGGUGAGUCGUCCCUCUCUUCUCAUCACAGACUCGUUCAACGCUACAUACGUGCAGCCACGUCGCAAGCAAAGGGACGAGCAGCUCCUUACCAAUGUAAUGGAGACCCUACGCGGCGACGGCAACGUGCUGAUCGCGGUGGAUACGGCAGGCCGUGUACUGGAGCUGGCUCAGCUGCUGGACCAGAUCUGGAGGACGAAGGAUGCCGGGCUGGGGGUCUACUCUCUGGCCCUGCUCAACAACGUCAGCUACAACGUGGUGGAGUUCUCCAAGUCUCAGGUGGAGUGGAUGAGUGACAAGCUGAUGCGCUGCUUCGAAGACAAGCGCAACAACCCCUUCCAGUUCCGCCACCUGUCCCUGUGCCACAGCCUGGCCGACCUGGCCCGCGUGCCCAGCCCCAAGGUGGUGCUCUGCAGCCAGCCCGACCUGGAGUCUGGCUUCUCCCGCGAGCUCUUCAUCCAAUGGUGUCAGGACGCCAAGAACUCUGUGAUCCUUACCUACCGUACCACGCCCGGCACCCUGGGCCGCUACCUCAUCGACAACCCCGGGGAGAAGAUGCUGGACCUGGAGAUUAGGAAACGGGUGAAGCUGGAAGGCAGAGAGCUGGAAGAAUACCUGGAGAAAGAGAGAAUGAAGAAGGAAGCUGCCAAAAAACUUGAACAAGAAAAAGAGGUGGACGUGGACUCGAGUGAUGAGAGCGACAUGGAGGAUGACCUGGAGCUGCCGGCGGUGGUGAAAACCAAACACCACGAUCUCAUGAUGAAGGGAGACGGCGUCCGCAAGGGCAGCUUCUUCAAACAGGCCAAGAAGUCUUACCCCAUGUUCCCCACCCACGAGGAGAGGGUCAAAUGGGAUGAGUACGGAGAGAUCAUCAG